AUUACUCUCAUAGUACUUGUUCUGCAUGAACUUGGACCUGAGUUUCUCAAAUGAAUACAUCUUAUUUAAUGCACAAUCAAGGCCCCGUAUGUUUUCCAAAUUAAUGCCAUUUUUCUUCAAAAUCUCUCCAACUUCACUUCCAAUAUUAUUUGAGAAUCGAUAAACAAUUUCAAUGACAUCAUUCAUGAUUUCAUCAGUAGCCUUCUGAGAAAUACAAAGCAUUUCUUUUGUCUUCAAAAGAAAUAAAGCAAAGCUUCUUUCUUCAUCUUUACUUGAAAUUACAGCACUUUGACUGUGACUCUGACAAACAUCUCCUGGAUUUUCAAUUGGUAUAGCAUUACGAUCAUCAGACACUUCGUCUUCAUCAAUAUUAUCAUCAGACUCAUCUAUGGUAACUUCAACUUGUGAUGCAGAAGUUACAGUAGUUGGAUUCGAAAAGACAUCUGGGUGGAGUCGUCUAAGGUGUUUACGAAAUGAGUAAUAAUUACAAAAAUUCCGAAUACAUCCAUUGACACCACAAGUUAAGCUAAAGUUAGCUUCAUGAGAGUGAACUACACCAAUAUGUCGCAGCACUGACAAAUAAUUGGCAGAAGAAAAAUGCUUACAUAUAGAGCAGCAAUAAUUAGUGCAGCCUGAGGUCAUAGGUAUAUUUAUAGAACUUGCUGCAUUAACUGUCAAGUUUGCUGUAGAAUGAGGAGCAGACGUUGCAGUAGCAGAAGAAAAGUUAUCACUUGCAGUAGCCUUUUCAAUAUAGAUCUAUGUAGCUGAGCUUGUCUCCGCCCUUUUUUAUACUUUUAAUAACUGAUAUUGGAUAGUCUACACGUGUUCAGAGCAACCAUUUUGAUUUCCACUUCACAGUCAUUUUCGAGGUCAUUUUCACCUCUUUUUGUUUCUGUGGCGUUGCAGUUUGUUACCAUCUCAUUCCUAGACACUCAUUUAGUGCCACCUAAGUCAUACUGAGGAAUGCCGAGAAGUGUUCUCGUAUCUUAUUCGCCGAUAAGUCAUGUCGAAAGGAAUAAAGUGAUCACAAUACCUGAUACUCACGAUGAAGAUACAGACCUUAUGUUUUUAAAGAGAGAGUGUCUUAAAUCCUUUAAUUUUGGAAGUAAUGUUAGUUUGAGUGUCGUAUUUCAAAAGUACGAUGUUGACUGGGAUUCCUUUGUUGAUCUUGACGAUGAUUGCUACCUAGAACAUAAAGAUAAGCUUCGUUUCAUUGUCACUCCUCAACUACACGAUUCUUCUGUACCGUCAGAGACUAAUGGACCAUCCUUUCAAGAUAGUGACGUAAAGGAUAUGUUUUGUUCUAUUGAGGAAAUGGUUGAUGAUGAAGCGCCCUCACAAAAGAAGUUCAAGAGUGAUGAUGAUAUUGAUGACCCUGUUUUGCCAGUACUAUCUCCUGCAGUAAUAGAAGUGCAUGAGGAAGAGAAACAAGAGGGGCCUUUACCUGAUCCUUUUCCCUUCCCAAAGAACUUUUCGUCAGAAGUUGAAUUGGCAUUAUCAUCACAAAAAAUGACAAAGGAAACUACCAGUGCUUUUCUUUCUCAAAUAGCUUCUGCUAUGUUUUUUUACAAACGAAAACCUACCAAGGAAGAGUACACAAGAGUUGCUAAGGAUAUAUUAUUAAAGUAUCCAUUUAUGAAGCCAUCGUCUGGAUCGACGACUGGUGGAAUCAUUCAAGCACUUAUUGACCGUUUUAAGCAGUUUCGACGUAUCAAGAAACCACAGCGGGUCCUUCAAGUUCAAGUACUUCUAGUUCAACAUCCUCUUCUGUUUCAAAGCGUUUACCAACUCUUAAAGCUCCUAUUCCUCCUGCAGGAGAAGACAGUGCAUCAUUUGAGUCUCAUAACAAGUUGAUAAAGGCAGAAAUGAAGAAAAGCAAAGGUAAAAAUAUGGUUGCUGUUCAGGAACUUGUAGCUCGAACGUAUGCAAUGCGCCGUCAGGAUAUUAGUUUGAUUCAUGGUAUUGGCGAUCUUCUUGAUAAAUAUCCUUUCUUUAGGUGUGUUGAUCAGAUUUAUGGUGAGAUGGCAAGAAUGAUGAACAACAACAAUUUGCAACUGAGUGUUCGAGAUGUAUGGAGUAAGAUGUUAGCCCCCAAAAUAUAUGAACAGUGUAGCAGAGAAAAGGGAAGCAAUUCACGAUUACGUGAGCAAAUGGAGAACUUCACUACAUGUGACAAAGCUGGUGUGGCUUCAUUGUGUCUGCUUGCUUACCUUAUUCCAGACAGAGUAAAGGCAAACCAUGAAAUGUUGCUCUACAUAGUUCCAGAUUCUGGUGCUCCAGAGUCACACAUUGAAGGAAAGAAUCAAGUGGAGCCUUAUCUAUU